AUGGGUCUGCACCCCUACCUGGCACUGCCGGGGCACGUGUGGCUGGCACGGAUCACGGGGCUCCUACCGGAGCCACCGGCCCUGCCUUUGCCAGUGUCCCCUUGGCACAGGGUGCUGGAGGAAGCUGGCAGCGAUGGCAGCAUGUCCAGAGGUCCCAGCAGUGCUGUGCCGGAGCCCAAGGGCAGAGCAGCCCCAUGGGUCCCUGUCACCACAUGGGUGGGAGGUGCUGUGGGCAAACCCAGGGUCUCCACCCCCUGGGGGGCCAGGGGAUGUGGGGUGGGCAGUAGAGUGUUACUGGAGCACUGCUGCAUCCUCAGUGCCAUCGGGGUGCCCCAGGUCCCCUUGCCAGGAGGAUCCUCUCUGAGGUGCCUUGUCCCCACAGGAGACUCUUGGGGGAUCUUUGCCUUUCUGUGUGCCGCACUCUGCAAUCUGCCAACGGUGCCCGCGCUGAACGGCACGGAGGAGCUGGGUGCCGGCCAGUCCAUCCAGAAGACCUACGACCUGACCCGCUACCUGGAACACCAGCUCCGCACCCUUGCCGGCACUUAUCUGAACUACCUGGGCCCGCCCUUCAAUGAGCCCGACUUCAACCCCCCGCGGCUGGCGCGGGCUGAGCGGGUGCCCAGCGCCACGGUGGACUUGGACCUGUGGCGGGGCCUGACGGACAAUGCGCGCCUGGCAGCCAACUACCGCGCCUACAGCCGCCUGCUGAAGUACCUGCGUGGCCUGGACGGCCAGGUGGGCACAGUGGAGCUGCGCCAUCGCCUCGGCCACUUCUGCUCCAGCCUGCAGGGCCUGGUGCUCAGCAUCGCCGGCGUCAUGUCUUCCCUGGGCUACCCGCUGCCUGCUGGCCCCGCCGGACCCCCGCCCUCCUCUGGCACCCCUGCAGCCCCCAACGACUUUCUGAAGAAGAUGGAUGACUUCUGGCUGCUGAAGGAGCUGCAGACGUGGCUGUGGCGCUCGGCCAAGGACUUCAACCGCCUCAAGAAGAAGGUGCCUCCAGCCGUGGUCACGCUACGCAUCGAGGCCAGGGGCCUCUGAAGGCCCCCGCCCUACUGAGGGGAUCCCCACAGCAGUGGCCGCAUCGUGUCACCGCUUGGCCGUCGUGGAUGGGGAUCGCUUUAGUGCCACCGAAGCCACCAUCACCGCUUGGCCUUAACGGAUGGGGAUCCUGACCCCAGAGUGCUACCAAAGUCACCGCACAUAUUCCUCGCCACCUCACUGUGCCUUGAGAGAUGAAGUUCCCGAUCCCAAAAUGCCACCAAAGCCACUCCAAGUCCCCGCCGUCACCACUGUGUGUUUAGGGACAGGUCCCCUCAUCGUAAAGUGACACCAAAGCCACUCCACGUCCCCACUGUCGCCACUGAUUUAACAGAUGGGGCUCCAGACUCUGAAGUGCCGCCAAAGCCACCCCACGCCCCUUCUAUCCCCAGAGUGUCAUCAAAGCCACCCCACAUCCCCAGCAUCACCGCUGUUCAUUAAGGGACAGGUCUUCUGAUCCCAAAGUGCCACCAAAGCCUUCCCACAUCACCACUGUGCCUUAACAGAUGGUCCUUCUGUCCCAAAGGGCCAUCAAAACCACCCCACAUAUACACCAUCAUAUUGCCGUGCCUUGACAGAUGGGAUUCCCGAUACCAAAGUGCCACUGAAGCCACUGCAUGUCCCCACCAUCACCUCUAGGUCUUAAGAGAUGGGGAUCUUGAUCUCAAAGUGCCACCGAAGCCACCCAGCAUCACCACUGUGCCUUAAUAGAUGGGGCUCCUGACCACAAAAUCCUAAGGGACAGGGCUCCCAGACCCCACAGACCUCCCCGCAUCACCCACAGUACCUUAAGGGACGGGCACUCAGCCCCAGAGAGCCACCACGGUGUCCCAUCAUCCUGCCCUGCCUCGGGGGACGGCCUCCUGCCCCCAAGCGCAGCCGAUGCCGCCCUGCUACCACCUUGCAGUGCACUGACACAAGGGGCGGUGACACCGUGGUGUCCCCGUGGCCGCGCUGUGCCACCCGCUCCCCUGUAGGGCCGGGAGCCGCGUUCUCCUGCCCUGCCCCACGGCAGCAGUAAGCCCCGCUUAGCCAUGAACGGACCAAACCCUGCAUAGGAAUAGGCCCCGCCCCCAGCGCAGUAAGCCCCGCCCACCCAUCGCGAGCACAGCUGGGUGCCCGAAGCUCCGCCCCUCGUCACCACCGUUGCCUAGCAACCCGCAAGCCCCGCCCACUUUGGCCCUGGGGGGCGGGGCUUGUUCUGGGGGCGGGGCCGGGGCAGAGCCCCAGGGCCACCGUCUCGGUGCGUCUAUGCGUGUUUAUUUAUUGGAGAUGUUAUUUAUUAGGGUAUUUAUUGCAGAAGAUCUAUUCUUGUAUUAACAAAUAAAAGCCUUUCUCCAGUGCCUCUGCCCCCUGCCCCGUGCCUCCCGGCAGAGGGGCCCCGAGGAGCUGCCCAUAGGGGCACGGCUGAGUGGGUCCUGCCGUGCCUCCAGUCAGCACCGCCACCUCCGUGCCCCACGGCCCCGUUGAGGAUGGGGGAUGGUGGCAGCAACCACAGCAGCCUGCCACGUGUCAGGGUGGAGGUAGGGGGGCCGAGACACCCGGGGUAGGACCGGGCACCAACGUGCCAUGUAGACAGGGAUGAGAUUGGGGGCCACUGUGCCAACCCAGGGAUGGCGGCGUGGACCAACGUGCCACCAAGGUAUGGGACUCGGACCCCUGUCCCACCUGGUGGUGAUGGGACUGGUGACCCCCAUGGCAAGCAGAGCUCAGUUCAUGGCCAACCCCCCCAUGUCCCUGUCGCCAUCAGAGCAGGGCUAUGGGUGGCCCCAUCAACAUACAGUGAGGGCAUGGGAACCCCCAGGUCCCUGUCACCACAUUGAGGUGACGCUGAGGAUAUGUGAAGCAGCAGGGUGCCACGUGCCCUGCGCCCGGCGGGAUGGACCCUGCCCAUCAC